AUGCCGCGUAAGUGGGAAGAGGUCUGGGAGACAGAGUUAGCCCCAGUGGAGAAGUACAUCGAGAUCGGACCAUUCAAGGGCGGUCAAAAUGUCGGCGUGACUAUCCCAUAUAUUCAGGCCGCGACGUUAUCCCUACCCCUGAGGAUACACCCACUACUCGAGUGUAUGCCGUGGAUGCCGAAGAUUACCUACCCUCGUUACAUCUCUUGGAACGUCGUGGAGUUUCCAGUGACUGCGAUGAUUAAGGAACGCUUCCAACCUGCGACAUCCCCCAAAGUGGAGGAGCUACACCUGUUACAUGAUGAGACGGGAUGGUCAAUACGCAUCGCAAAUCGGCUAGGCGUAAACGUCACCGAUGUCCUCACAGGCAUCUUCGACUUCUUCGCGUCACCGUUAGCGGUCAGGGUCAUGGAGCAACAAUAUUUCGAGAAAAGGGAGUAUGGAUUCUACGAUACUUUUCUAGGUUACAGAAAGUCAGACGCGUUGCUCAACAAGACUUACUUUGACGGAAUUCGAUACGAUCCCGACGAGGCUUUCAAGCGACUCAAUUAUCGCGCAACGAAUGUCAUGGUUUUGAGUUUGAACAAUUGCUAG